AUGGACACAUUGCAGCAAAAUGAAGAUCGCUUCACAACCGUUGAACUGCCUGCCAGCGCUAAAGUGCCGAACGAUAACAGCAACGUCACAACCGCUGCUGCCACAAGCWUCAGAACCGUUGGCAGUAGCGGCACCAGCAGCACACAACACGGCAAAGCCAUCAGCAUUCGAAUUGGUGGUGAUGGUGGCGGUGAUGGACCAGGCGGCCCAACUGCCUGCGAACCUAUCGAUGUGAUCACCUAUCCACCGAACACACCAACCACACCAGCUACGAAAGUCGCCAUCGGCGGUGGUGAUUCGGGCGCAGCGCUAAUUGCACUCGACACCGGCGAUCCUAAUGAACCGGAACGUGGCAAUUGGACGGGCCGUUUCGAUUUUCUACUCUCACUGCUCGGGUACUCGGUGGGGCUGGGCAAUGUGUGGCGCUUCCCGUAUCUCUGCUACAAUAAUGGUGGCGGCGCCUUCCUCAUACCCUUCACAAUAAUGUUAAUUAUCGCCGGUCUGCCGCUCAUGUUCAUGGAGCUCUCAUUCGGCCAGUAUGCCGCAUUGGGGCCUGUGGCCAUUUAUCGUCGCUUCUGUCCGCUGUUUCGUGGUCUCGGCGCUGGCAUGGUUAUCGUUUCGGCCAUUGUAAUGCUCUACUAUAAUUUGAUUAUUGCCUGGACAAUAUUCUAUAUGUGCGCCUCAUUUCGGCGUGAGUUGCCAUGGCAGAACUGCGAGGCCGCAUGGAGUACUGAAAACUGUUUCUCUUACGAAAUGGCCGAUCAAUGCGAUGCCGUGAAUGGCACUUUCUACUUGAGAACAUGCUAUAACAUUAGCUAUGCCGAGGAGCAUAAUAUCACCGAAUUAGCGCUACAUGCACUAAAGCGACCACCAGCUGAGGAGUAUUUUACUAACCAUGUGUUGGGCUUAUCUUCUGGCAUUGAAGAAACCGGCGGCAUAAAAUUGGAGUUAGCUGCCUGUCUAUUUGUCGCUUGGGCUAUUGUAUUUCUGUGUCUCUGCAAAGGCGUACAAUCUUCCGGCAAAGUAGUAUACUUUACCGCGCUCUUUCCUUAUGUUGUGUUAGUUAUACUGUUCUUCAGAGGUGUGACAUUACCGGGCGCUAUGACAGGCAUAUUGUUUUAUUUAACACCUGAUUUUAAACAACUAGCCAAUGCACAGGUCUGGGGCGAUGCCGCGGUACAGAUAUUCUUUGCGCUCAGUCCUGCUUGGGGUGGUCUCAUAACACUGUCUUCGUACAACAAGUUCUCGAACAAUUGUUAUAAAGACUCUUUAAUCGUCGCCAUUUGCAAUAUAGCGACCUCAUUUUUUGCCGGUUUAGUUAUCUUCUCGAUCAUCGGUUUUCUAGCACACGAGCUAGAAGUGGAAGUAAAAAAGGUAGUUGAUCAGGGUGCUGGUCUGGCAUUUAUAGUCUAUCCAGAAGUUGUGACACGCCUCCCGGUUUCACCCGUUUGGUCGGUACUAUUUUUUGUUAUGUUACUUACAUUGGGACUGGACUCACAGUUCGCACUCAUGGAGACCGUUACAACUGCCAUAUUGGAUAAAUUUCCCAAUUUACGACAAUACAAAACAUGGGUUGUGCUUUUUGUUGGUAUUUUUGGUUACCUCGGUGGUCUCGGUUUUACUACGAAUAGUGGCAUGUAUUGGUUACAACUAAUGGAUAAGUAUGCUGCGAAUUGGUCGGUAUUGCUUAUCGCCAUUUCCGAGUGUGUUUUAAUCGCUUGGAUAUAUGGGUCACAACGUUUCUUGAACGACAUACAGGGUAUGAUUGGUAAAAGAUCGAAAUUCUGGAACUCAUUUUGGUCGGCAAUGUGGCGUUACAUAACGCCCGCAACACUAUUGUUUAUUCUGUUCUUCAACUGGGUCGAAUACAAACCGGCCUCCUAUGGUCAUUAUGUUUAUCCACUGUGGGCUGAUGCAGUCGGUUGGUUUAUCGGGCUGUUGCCGGUACUAUUUAUAUUCUUAAUCGCCUUCCAACAAAUUUGUAAAGCACCCAAGCAAUURACAUUCAAAGAGCGGCUAAAACUUCUACUACGUCCUACCGCCGAGUGGGGGCCAGCCGGUAGGCCAUGUGUCAAUUUACACGCCGAGCGCUACGACAGUCAAAAUUACGAUGUCGUGGCCAAUACGCAAGUACUCAUAAAUGGCAUGCCAACUGAUGUGUCACCCUAUGAGGACAACAGCAAUGGUUAUCCAGCGGUAGCAACAAAAACAUCCACUGCUGUUGUGCGCAUGAGUGAUCACGUCGAUGAGGGUAUUGGUCUGCGAAUGAGUGGUAAUGGCGCUGGCAACGGGGCUAAUGGUGGAGGUGGCGGUACAACUACAUCGAUUAGGAAUGGCAGUCAUCCCGAAUAUGGUGCGGCUGUGGCUAUCAAAACAUCCAACUCGGCGGCAACCGCGAAGCUACCCGGCCCGAGUAUAUUGAAGGGCUCAAAGAGUAACCAAGUGGCCAGCAAUGGUCGCAACAAAGGGCAAUCUCAGCCUGAGGCGAGCCCUAGCCGUCAGCCGCUAAUAGAGGCCGAGUUGCGUGCCAACGAUAGCGUCGGCUCGUUCCUGAAUGAGGCGGCUGCAUUGGCGCAGCGUAAAACGCAAGCAAACGGUCAUCCCGCCGAGGUAGGUGAUAAAAUUACGAAAGUAACUGCCAGUAUUAUAUUGCCCACGAAGGCGGCAAUAACAACAACCGCUGCCACUGUCGCCACAAGCACUGCAACAACAAAGGUGCUUGUCGCUGGCACAAUGAGCAGCGGUCGCGAACGUAUGCUCACCACGUUCGGGGAGCGUGGUAUUGUGCCGGGGGCGGAAACAGUAAGCGGAGCAACRACAACAAAAUCCGUUACAGCCGGCCUGACUUCAAAGCCACUAACUGCUGGCAUUAAGCCGGCCACUGUAAGUAGUGUGUCACAGGUGACUACAACAACAAAUGCAUUGGCAAUAAAUGUGCAGCCCGCAAGCACCGCAGCAACAAAACCGGCAACAUUAGAAUUGAAACAUACAACUAUAACUACAACACCUGCGACAAUUGCUACAACAACAGUCAAAUCGACGUUAGCUGGAAAGUCGACAACAACGACUACCAGCACGGCUGCAACAGCAACAAUUGCUAAGGCCAAAUUGACUGUUACACAAACACCAACAGCAACAACUGUUGCAGUAUCCGUUAAGACGCCGAUUGUUGCAGCAACCACUACAACAACAGCUGAAAGUGCUGCAAAAGCGACUACAGUAGCCGCCGUGAAGCCAGCAGCAGCAGCUGUUGUUAAACCAACCGCAACCACGACACAAAAAACAAUAACAACAACAAAACCUACAAUUACAACUACAAAAGCAAUUACAACACCUACAGCACCAACGGCUGCAAUUAAAAGCAGCGGUGUCGCGUCAGCAGCAGCUGCAACGGUUCCAAAAACCACAACAACAGCAAGCAUAAGCAUAGGCGCUAAGGCGCUCACAGACAGUAAGCCUAUAGCUUCACCAACAAUAGUUGCAACAACAAUAACAACAUCAACUACAAAAUCAAAAACACCUGUUGCGCAAACGAAUAAACCACCAAUCAUAACAACAACAACAACUGCCAAAGUGUCAGCCAUUGCUGCCGCCCCAACCACAACAACAAUAAUUAACAGCACAAAUUUAGCUACAACAACAGCAAAUGUUAUGCCCAAGCAAUUGACAACAGCGUCCACAACUGCAACAACAACAACUACGAAGCCGAAUGCUGUUAGCCACCCGUCGGGGAACGCCAAUGUCGUUAUUGCACUGAUGCCUGCUGCACAGCCAGCAAAAAUUGCUGCCACCAAAGUGAUCAAUACAACAACAAGUCCGAUCACUGCGGCUAUUCAAAAGCCCACGGUGUUGCCAACAGCUGAUGACAAAUUUCCAACAAUGACUGCAGUUGCCGCCACAACCACAACGACAGCAAGCGGUACGAAAGCGUCUAUAACUAAAACGYCGGCGGCAAUAAACAAAACAACAACAUCAACAUCAUCAACAGCGGUGCCGACUAAAAGUGUGAGCGCCAACAUAGCAACAACAACACAAUCUGCAAGUAUCGCUGCUGUUCCAAAMGUCACAAUUGCAGCCAAAUCAGUAAUUGCUUCUGCGGUUGGCAGCAUCGCCUCCACCACAACUACAACAAAAUCUACAAACACCACCACCACAAGUAAUGUCAGCAAAAAAUAA